AAAGUGUGUCCCCUCUGUCAUUGGCUCAGUGCCUAAUGUCACAUUAUGCGUCUCAUUGUGUCUUUGUGGUCUUUUGGGGUAUAAAUACAGCCUCCUUGAUGUUCUCACACACUCAUUCCUCAUUCUUCCUGAAGACCCUCCGGCUCAACCGUCAGAGCAACCCGAUACAGGACAAGUUCCUGCAUUGACUUAACUUCAAGGCAUUUUAAACUUAAGUCAAGUGGAGUUUUUCCUGAAGACCACGAGUUCUCAACCUAAACAGACAACGUUUAGUUCUUUUCAAGUUCUGUAGAUUUUCGGCUUCAGACAAGAUGGAUUCUGACGCUGGGUCCACAUGCAGCCGAUCUUCAUCCCCCGACCUGGCUGUGGACUCCCCUGCCAGCGUUUUUUUCGCUGACAAAAUGUUCCAGGCGUACUCCGGUGACAGAGAAUCGGUGCAUCUCAGGGCUGAAAAGAAUUGCGAUCGCUCACACAGCUCCGCAUCUGGCUUAAAAGGCUGUGCAGAAGUGGACCUCUCCAAAGACGACCCGCAAGAUUUGCGGCUAAAAGUCAACAGCCGAGAGCGCAAGAGAAUGCACGACCUGAAUCAGGCUAUGGACGGACUCAGAGAAGUAAUGCCCUACGCACAGGGACCUUCGGUACGCAAGCUUUCCAAAAUCUCCACCCUGUUACUCGCCCGAAACUACAUCCUCAUGCUGUCCAGCUCCUUGGACGAGAUGAAGAAGCUCGUCAGUGACGUGUACGGAGCGAGCGCUCAGAGCCACUCGGCUAGACGAGUUCUACCCCCGGCUUCGGCCGCACCUGUCCCUCAGUUGCCUCUGCUGUCUCUUACCCCGUCCCUGCACUCUCUGGUGGGCAGCGGCUCAGCUGUGACAGUUGCCCCUCUCCGGCACACCUCAACGCAACCGACUGUGGCUCAUGCUCCACGCUCAUCCCCCACCGCUGGUUACUUGGGGUUCCCGGCCCCACCUCUCCACACAAUGAUGAAGGACCCUCUGCACCUCUCCAGCGGAUACAGGCAUUUCCCCGGCAUGCCCUGCCCGUGUUCCCUCUGCCAGCCCCUUCCCGCGUCCACAGGCUGUCUCCACGGCCUCUCCAUGGGGAAGUGAUUCUGGUGAGGCACAGGCUUCACGCUGGAGUAGGCCUGAUGUCGAAAUACGGACUGAUCCACACCUGGGUGUGUUUUGUAUACAUGUAAAUGUCCUGUACAGAAUUUCCUCUUGACAAGCUGCUGCUAUUUUUGUACUGAAGAAUGUUUUGUAAUGUUGAAGUUGUCCAAAAGUGCUUUUGAAUAGUCACUGAACUUGUGUGUCUUUUGUAGC